AUGUCCACGACACACGUUUAUUUUGAGGAUAUAGAGGCAUAUACGGAUCACGCGCACACAAUCUAUCAGAUCAUCGAAGAGGCCGGUUUCGAAAGAGAUUCUUAUCUAAGGACCAUGAGCUAUCCUCCCGUCCUAUAUUUACCCACUGCUCGCCUCGAUGAUGAUACUGUUGGCAAAUUGAAGGAGUAUGGGGUGCGUGUUAGACAGGGGGAUGAGGAUUAG